AUGUGGCUAAUUGUGGCAAUCUCAUUUUUCACAAUAAUUUAUUUUGGAAUCCGAUGUUAUUUGAACUUAUUUGGAUCUUCUACAGUCAAAAAAUCUGCGAAAUUUAAAAAUCUACAAUCCCAGUUAUUUUUGGCGUUAGUUAGUCAAACUCUAAUUCCAGUAAUUCUUAUGCAAAUUCCAACAACAAUUCUAUUUUUAUGCACAUUUUUGGAUGCAGAUUUGGGAGAAUUUAGUGGACUUGUUACAAUGACUGUGUCACUUUUCCCAGCUAUUGAUCCAAUUCCAACCAUGUUUAUUGUCAAAAAUUAUCGAUUGGCGAAUUUUGGAUUUUUUAGAACGAGAGUUAUUGUUGUUGCGAAGAAAUGA